UUUUGGCUCAAAAGCCCUCGGCAACUCAACCCAGAGCCUCAAGGUCGGUGAUGGCAUCUCUGGGACAACAUGCCAAGAACAAGAAGCCGAAGAGGCAGACUUCAUGCUUCGCCUAGAGUAUCCUUGUCCUCACGGCAGAAGGGGGCUGAUGCCUUCAAGCAUGCCUGCUUCCGGCUGGGAAGGCAACCGACCAACGACAUUCUGGCGGAUUUGCGUGACCAUGGCGCACUGGUCCUGGAUAUUCAGCUUUGCCGAGAUUUAGAGCCGCUUCUCAUUUUCUUGAAGGACUGCCCCUUGGGCAUCCACCAGGUGAUGAUCUAUGAUGGCAACUUGUUUUUUGGAUCAGAGGCUUCUUACCAAGAGAAGCUGCAAGCCACUACCCAUCGAAUGCCACAGAGUGUGCUCAAAGACCAGGUGCAGCUGUGGCGUUUGAUGCGAGCAUUAGCUGCAUUUUCUUCACUACGUGGCACGGGGUUAGCAGUCUUGGAGCUCACAGGGCUUCCGAUCUCCUUCGAAGGGCAAGGUAUCUCAUUGCUCAACCGCUGCUUAGCACAGACACCCUCGCUGCAGCGCUUGCAUUUAGAGGGUUGUGGACUCCAAGAUCGUGGCCUGGGGCAGUUGCUGCCCCACCUUGGUCGAAGAUUGACGAAGCUGUCCCACCUAUCACUGGCACAGAACAGCCUUCGAGAUUUGCGCCUUGUGGCGCGGCUGUUACAGGCACGCGCGAGUGCCCAGCAAAAGCGACAGGUGGUUCCUCUGAAUGUGCUCGACCUUUCCAAGAAUCCCUGGUUGGGCGCAAGGCGAUCCAAUCGAACCCUGCGACCUUGGCAACGGCGAGAGAUGCAAAGCGUAAUGCCAAUCAGCAGAGAAGACCUGCUCAGAGUGAUUUGUUUGGCUUUGAGAAAUGGCCUGCUGGUAAAAAAGGUUCGCUUAAGAUACAUGGGCUUGCGGCGUGAUGAUUUGCGGCCCCUUCAGCAGAUGCUGCGAUCAGAGCUCGCAAAUCUUCAUGCAGGAUAUCGUCGGCACUUCCCCUUGGCAGAGCUCAGCCUUGAGGGGAACCCAUUAGAAGCAGCUGUUUUGGCUGCAAUUACACAUGCACUUCAGCAGCUCUCACCCAGCAGCUUUUGGCCGACCUGGAAAGAGCCGAUGAGCGGGAAGGAGUUCCCCGAUGAGGGGUUGCUCGAGCUGGGGACAGCCGCCCCGCUCGAGCUCGGGCGAAACCGGCUCCGCAGGACGCAGUCGCAACCCAGCUUUGCCACCACCAGCCCAGAGAUUGUCGAAAGGAAGGCACUGAGUGAAGGAGAUGUUGAGGACUCCAUGGAUUUCCGUCCAAGGGAGAAGACCAUCAAGGAGUUCCAGGAGGAUUUGCAGAUCUUGUCUGACUUCCUUGAAGCUCGAUUUCGGCCGAGACAUUCUCAACGGACACGACAUGAGAAUCGUGCGAGUAGCGAAGACUCUGGAAUGGAUGUCAUUGCAACCAUUCCGGACAUGGGCAUGGACUUUGGUUUUGGACCGCCAGUCCUGCAUGGCACCUACUCCCACACCGACACCCCGCCUGACACGUCCGUAGUCGAAGCGACAGACGAACACGCAGGUACCGACUCCAGCCGGCGUGAAGCACCGCCAAACCGGUUGGACCAUCACGCCCGGAUGCAGCAGAUGCUCAGGCAUUUGCACUUGCUUGCGGGCGAGGGAGAGGUUCCUGUGGAACCCGUCCUGCGAAUUGCAUUGGACGCGGUCAAUUCGGAAGCGAGCUUCCAAGAUGCAGAGGCACAGUUGCAAAACCUCAUGAGACGUGAGAGCAGCGAUGACGCAUCUGAAGAAGAUACAGUUGGAAUGCGGCGAUCGCACUCGGUGUAGCACGUUGAGUGUUGGAGUGUUCUUAUUGGGCACUCUUGUGACCUAGCAAGAGGUCGUGAGCCAAUGUCCAUGCCAAUGUAAAAAGACGCUUGCUUUCACCAGCAAUGAGCCAUCAGAAGCCUUUUGAAUGUCUUGUUUUUUU